UAUACGCCACUACAUUUUGCUUCUGAACUAGGCAAUGAAGAAGCUGUGAAAUUAUUCUUGAAUAAAGGUGCUGAUAUUAAUGCUAGCACAAAUAGUAAUUUAACGCCACUUCAUAUUGCUACCAAAACAGGACGUAAAACAGUUGUAAAGCUGCUCUUACAACAUGGAGCUAAAGUUGAUAAUCAGGACAAAGAUGGUAAAACCACACUACACCUCGCUGUUGAAAAAGGAUAUUUAAUGAUUGUUGAGGAUGUUUUAAAGUAUUGUCCUGAUAUUAAUCAUCAAAGUAACAGAAGCUCUCUUAAAAUCGCAGUGCACGGCUAUGGAGAAGAGUAUAAAAAGAUUGUUGAGGCUCUUCUAGAAUAUGGUCUUAUUGUUAAUCUCGAAGAUGCAUUGAUAAGCUAUGGAGCUGAUAUAAAUGCUCAAGACAAAACUGGAAAAACUCCAAUAUUUUAUGCUACUGAGAAUGCCGAUUUAAAAAUUACCAAGCUACUUUUAACUAAUAGAGCUAAUGUAAAAGAUAAUCCUGAGCUAUUGAAUAUUGCUGUUAAGAAGGAAUGCAUAGAAAUCGUUGAAGCUCUUUUGCAACACGAUACUGAUAUUAACGCUAGUGAUAAAUAUGGAAGAACAGCAUUGCAUUUUACUGCUUUAAGUGAGAGUGAAGGUUUUUUUGGAUUUCUUACUAAUGAAGAUCCUGAUAUUAAUAUUAAGGGAGAAAUUGCUAAACUGCUUCUAAGUAAGGGAGCUAAUAUAAAUGCUCAAACCAAAAAUGGUAUUACGACGCUUCAUGCUGCUGCUCAGAAAGGAUAUACGAAAGUUGUUGAAGCUCUUUUAGAAUAUAAUGCAGAUGUUAAUUCUACAGUUAAAAGUGAUAUAACACCUCUCCAUCUUUCUGCUCAACAAGGAAAUGAAGUAAGAGGUUGUCCGGAAACAAGUAAAAGGCUAUAAUAUCUGAAAUUUUAGUACGGGGUAAAGAUGAGAAAAAAGUAUCCAACAGAUCUAAGCGAAAGGGAAUGGGCAAGAAUAGAAAAACACUUCAGAGUAUCAUACAAGAAAGGAGGAAGGCCGCCAAAGUAUAGCAAAAGAGAAAUAUUAGAAGCAAUUUUCUAUGUAUUGCGUACAGGGUGUCAAUGGCGGUAUUUACCAAAUGAUUUUCCGCUAUGGAAGACUGUGUAUGAGCAGUUCAGGCAAUGGAAGAAGCAGGGAAUUUUUGAGAAAAUGAAUUAUGAAAUUACAAAAUAUAGUAGAAGAAAAAUAGGAAGGAAUGAGCAGCCGAGUGCCUGUAUAGUAGAUAGUCAAUCUGUAAAGACUACAGAAAAGGGGGGAUCAAAGGCUAUGAUGGAAGUAAAAAAGUAAAGGGUAGAAAAAGGCAUAUAAUUACAGACACUCAGGGUUUUAUACUAGGUUGUUACGUAGGCGCUGCUAACGAAAAUGAUAGAGAUGGUAUUAAAAUAGCAUUAAACAAUAUGAGAACAAAAUAUACUAAAGUUAAAAAAAUGUGGGCUGACAUG